UCACGGGAGAGGGGGUGGGAGCGGCUUUCAGGUUGCCGUGGAGACAGGUAGUCGGGCCAGGUGGACGAUUCCAAGUGGAGCGCAGGAAGUAGGGGGGGAACAUGUGUUUGGUUCUCGGGCCCUCCGGCGUCGGGAAGACUGUGCUCAUGAAGAGGCUGCACAAGCUGUGCGCUAAAGACUCAACAGAUCUAGGCGACCUGCCUCCCACCCAGCCCACUGUGGGAACCAACCUGACUGAUCUGAGUGUCCAGAGGACGUGUGUGACGGUGCGCGAGGUGGGCGGCUCCAUGGUCCCCAUUUGGCCCAGUUACUACAAGGACUGUCACACUGUGCUGUUCAUCGUGGAUGCCGCGAACCCCAAUCAGGUCUCCGCCUCCUGUAUCCAGCUCCUGUCCGUGCUGUCCGCUCCCGCCCUCGCCGCCGUGUCAGUCCUCGUCAUCUUCAACAAAACGGAUCUGCCGUGCUGCAUGUCAUUGGCGGAAAUGAAAUCGCUCUUCCGAUUGGAUGACAUCAUCGCCAGCGCUAAGCAGCCAAUCACGGUCAUGGAAACUAGCACCCUGGAGGGCACGGGACUGAGGGAGGUGUUGCAGUGGCUGCAUUCAUCUACCAGACACUGAGAUGCAGGAUAUUUUUUAUAUUUCUAGUUAAUAAAU